UAUUCCUAAAUUCUGGUCCAAAAUAAAGGGUAUUCUUACUACUGGAAAAAAUAGUAGUGGAAACACUGUGAAUAUGAAUCUAAUCCAGAUGGAAUGUAUAAAGGCGUUUCCUAUCCGUAGUUUUUAUGCAGAAAAAAAGCUGUAUUUCCGUAUUAUCAUACCUAAUAAAGACGAAAGGUUUACUGCUCUUGAUAUCAUCUCAAGCUACAAUUCAAAG